AUCAACUAUAACCCCAAAAGAACCAGAUUUCGUAAACAACAUAGAGGAAGAAUGAAGGGAAUAUCUUAUCGAGGCAAUCAUAUUUGUUUCGGCGGAUACGCUCUUCAGGCGCUUGAACCCGCUUGGAUCACAGCUAGACAGAUAGAAGCGGGGCGGAGAGCAAUGACACGAUAUGCGCGUCGUGGUGGAAAAAUAUGGGUACGUAUAUUUCCCGACAAACCUAUUACAGUAAGACCUACAGAAACACGUAUGGGUUCGGGAAAGGGAUCCCCCGAAUAUUGGGUAUCCGUUGUUAAACCGGGUCGAAUACUUUAUGAAAUGGGCGGAGUAUCAGAAACUAUAGCCAGAGCAGCUAUUGAAAUAGCUGCGUGCAAAAUGCCUAUACGAACUCAAUUUGUUAUUUCACGAUAG